ACUGAUAUGAUAAAAUGUGCGAGACUGAGCACGUUUCUAUUGCGUUGGCGUCCAUGUUUAAGUUGGCAUGACAAGUUAUUUCUUACAUUAUGGUUGGCACUCCCAAUCCAUUCAUUUGUUUUGUGUUUACAUUCGUGAAAGCUGAGUGAUGUCUGACUCUGAUGAAUCUUUAGAUUUGAAAUCAGAAAAAUUUGAUCCGAUAAAAGCGCUUUAUUCUGCAAACGUGAGUGUUCCUUGUACAUCAGCACAAGUUUACGACAAUGUUAGUAAGUUUUCAUCUGCUGUUCUUCGAGGAGUUCAAACGAAGCCCAGUGAAAAGAAGAAGAAAGUGCCGGAACCACCUGCACCACAAAUUCAGCGAAAAUUCUUGCCCCAUCAAAUGCCCGUGUCGCGGCCGGCGCCCGCGCGCACCCAGCGCACGGUGCUGACGCGCAUGCGGGAGGAGGUGCCGCAGGGGCCCCUCGCGCUGCUCGCCACCUGCGCCCAGCGGCGCCUGCGCGUCAAGGUGUACACGCGGCACGCGAGCGGCGUGCGCGGCUACGCGGAGGCGUUUGUGGCGGCCUUCGACAAGCACUGGAACCUGGCGCUGGAGGACGUGCGCGAGGUGUGGGUGCGUCGCCGUCGACCUCCCGUGCCGCCGCUCGUGUUAUUAUUCAAAAUUUAUUAUUUUAGUAACAGAUUUAUUGUUGCACAUCGAAAUGGGAGUUUAGUUCCGUCACAGAUCGUCGUGGCGCACAACAAAAGACCAGCGAAUCGUGUCAGCGUCGGCGUCUCUCCCGUUGCCAAGUUCUUUGUGUCUGGAAUUAGGUGCGACAAGAGAGGUCGACGCGGUGCCGCCGCCCGAUUGUUGAGAUUAUUGUGGGAUCGAUUAAUUUUCUUCAAUCCGAACUCAAGAGCUGAAGAAUUCCUUCGAAUCUCUUCCAAACCAUAA